AUGGUUUCAGAUCAGAAGCAGUCUGAGUCAACUGCAGCUUGUGCCAGCCCUAUUGUGACCACCUUAGAGUUACCCGCUAGCCCCAUCCCUUUGGAGGAAGCUGCUUCCAGUGAGAAGGAUGCGAAGAAACCCGAAAAGGACCCUCAGAAGGAGGCCCAGCUCCCUGCUACGCAGGAGGUGAUGAAGCCAAAAGCCCUGGAGCCAGAGGGGAAUGUAGUAUUCCCCUUUUUAAAGAAACUACCUGAGACCAGCCAAGUUUCUCUGCAGAAUUCUGAUCUACAAG